GAGCGCUACUCUUCCGUCUUAUGAAGACUGAGAAAUGUCUUAUCGCAGACGUCCACGAGCAGGCCUCUCAGAUCUACAGGUAUUUGCGUGUGUCCUCGGGCGCAUUUGGUAACGCAGUCAUGAUGCAUCACAGGAAGUACUCACCACCGCGAUACUGCGCCGUCGGCUCACUGCUAGACCUGCCUCAGCUCAAUCGAUUACCCACCUUUCGUGUGGAAGAAGCUGAGCCGAUGGAGAAGAAUUCACCCAAAGCCAAACCCAGAAUGCGCAACGCCAAGGUGAAGGCGGUGAGGAGGGCUCUGUCUCCCCAAGGACCGCGAGUCUCUCCAAACCCCGCGCAAAGCGACGCGCUGCCCAAGGCGGCAGAGAACGGAGGACAGCGGUCUAGAAAGAGGGGCUUCAAACCCCCGGAUGUGAGGACGAUAUUUGAACCUUCGGCCAAAGACCCGCGCGUAAAAGAGGAGAAAGGAGAAGGACACACGUUUUGUGUGUACGCGACGCACGCUUGGUGCGAUGUGUGCUGCUCGUAUAUCUUUCAAGGUGGCUUGACAUGCACAGGUUGUAAAUACACGUGUCAUGCUCAGUGCCGUGACCAGGUGGCGCUAGACUGUCAUCAGAACGGGGCCAUUAAUGGCUGCCAGCACAGCCCUCUUGUUCAGGACCAUCUUAACAACAAUCAGUCGUCACACAGCGAUGUGGAGAAAGAGAAAGAGCUGCGAACUCAUCUCACUUACGAGGAGAUCAGACACAAGGUUGAGCAGUACAACACAGAGUCACGUGACCACUUUAAAAUGACACUGAAUACUAACGGCAUGUACACAGGCUUCAUCAAGGUGCAGUUGGACCUGCGGAGGCCCAUCACAGUGAAAGGAGGCAGGGCAGGAGGGGUCAAAGGUCAGGAGGCAUUUUACCUUCCGCGCGGCUCCAUAAACACACUGCACAUCAGCAGCACCAACACGGCGCGACAGGUGAUCGAAGCGCUGCUGAGAAAGUUCACCGUGGCCGACAACCCCGCCAAGUUCGCCUUGUUCAAACGCUUCAGCAGAGAAGACCAAGUGUACACCUGUAAGCUCUCAGAGGAAGAACACCCUCUCUUCCUGCGUCUGGUGGCGGGACCCAGUACAGAUGUGCUCAGCUUUGUCCUGAAGGAGCAGCAAACCGGUGAAGUCCUGUGGGACGCCUUUUCCAUCCCCGAGCUGCAGAACUUCCUCCGCUUCUUGGAUAAAGAGGAGCAGGACCAGAUUUGCUCGAUAACCAAUCGCUACAACGCCUACAGAGAGAAACUGGAGGAGGCCAUGAGAGCGACGGGCGUCCUGGGAUAAAGCCAGUGCUUAUGUGAAGGAACUGUAGCACUGCUGCCUCUAGUGCUCACUGUGUGUAAAGAACACUUAUUAGGUGUCACUGUGCCAAGCGGACACCCCUUCUCAGAAACUCAGAAGAGAGCACUGAGCUCCCAGAAUGCACCUCAGGUGCCAUAUUUACCCAUCCACCCUCUUUCACACUUUCAGUUGUUUCUCAUGUUCUGUUCUUUUACCUCUUGUGAACGAUGCAAAUGUGGAAAUCAGAUCUGUUUUUAUUUAAUUGUUGGAUGUUGUAGUUUGUACAUAUUUUUGUUUGUUGUUUUAAUUUAUGUGGGUGAAUGUUAUUAUACUUUUUUUUUUUUUUUUUUUUUUAGUAAAAGAGUCUUAUUCUAUGGCAAAUAUACUUAUCGACCAGAAACUGAUGGGACUGGGGAUUUAUUUUAUUUUAUUUUAUAUUAAAUACCAGAUGACAUAAUGUGCCCUACCAAAGAUAGUGUUGAUGUGCUGUUGACAAAAUGAUGACCAGACAGACAGUAAGCGCAUGUUUGUGAAAGAGAAGAUUGAAUAUGGUGAAGUAGUGAUAAGAAAUGAGGACUAAAGAAAAGUCAUAAUCACUAGUCUCUGAAGGGAUGGCUUGAAUGCAAAUAAAAAGCUUUUUAAAAGUAA